CUUUACACCCUCUUGGUCAUUUUCUCCAGAUAUAUAUACAUAGAGAUUUUCCUUGUUCUUGCGCGUUUUAUCUGUUGGACCAGAAGCAAAAAAAGGAUUGCUCCAUCGGGCACUUGGUUUCGAAGUUUCUUCUCCGCGAGACAAUCGAAAUCGAGAGAGAGAGAUAUUUGAGGGAUUCAGAAAUGGAUGAAUCCAAUGAAGAACUGGAGCCGCUUUUUGAUUACAGACGUGUUCAGCCGUUCAAUACUCCCUUCAAUAUUGUCUGCCUUGACGAUGAUAGUCCAGACUCGUCUCCAGUUAUCUCAAAGAAACGGAAAAUGAUCGAUUCUGCUUUCGAAAAGAAAGAAGAAAAAAAUGAAGCAGUUCAAAUAAUUGACUGUGAAGAAAAAGAAGAGGAUUGGCUGCCACCUUCCCCAAAGAUUUCUGCUCAUACUAGUAACCUUGUUGAAGAUUCAACUAUAAAGGAAAUUAGAUUGAAAAAGAAAGAGCUGGCAUCAUUUGCCCAAUCAGCUAAGGAUGAGCUGCGAGAUGUUGAAGAAUCUGUAAAAAGAGAUCUUAGUGCUUCGCUCCAUUCACUUCAAGACAGUGUUGCUGAGAUGCCGUCAAAACCCUCAACUGAAAGAGUUAAAACGGUCAUUUCUAUCCAAGACAAGGAUGGAACAAAGCAAUUUCGCGUUUAUGCGGAUGAUAAAUUUGAGAGGCUGUUCAAGUUGUUCGCUGAUAAAGUCAAGCUUGAGCUGCAAAAUUUGGUUUUCUGCUUUGACGGGGAUAAAAUUAAUCCAAAUGCAACUCCCAUUAGUCUUGGGAUGGAGGAUGAUGACAUCAUUGAAGUGCAUGAAAAACCAAGUUGUUGAGGUUGAGUUCAUCUUGCAGCUGAAGGUGACUUCUCAAUUGGUGAAGUUAUCAUUGCAUUCUGUUUUGCUAUGCUCUUGGUCCAUUUAGUCAAGACUUAUUGUCCUGCAGGCUGCAACUGUACAGUAGAGGGUCUUUUUUUUUUUUUUGGGUGGGUGGGAAUUUGACCUAAUAGGAGUGUCAGAAGUUUGGUUUUUUUGAUGUUGGAAGACAGAUUUUGGAGUUUGGUGCUUUUGUCCUCUAAUUGCAUUUUGUUUUUGUUUGAGGGGCGAAACCAGACACAAGGUCUCAUCCCUGUGAUGCAUUAGUGAUUGCGUGUAUCCGUGGCUUAACAGGUUUUCAUCAUGUAGAUAUUAACAAAAAGUACAAUCGUCGUUUAA